UUCUCUUCAGUUCCAUGUGCUAUCGUGAAUUCCCAAACAAGGACCGCUCCCUGACCGAAGCCGCAUGUAUUUCUGUACCUAUGAUUGUGGAUUUUACAGCAUACUCAAUUUCGGAUCGCUGAGACGGUCACAGCUGUCGGGAGGUCUACGAGGACCGAGCAGCCAACAUGAGUGAGGGGGAUGCAUUGCACGCCAAGGAAGUGCCCGAGAAGGCCGAAAAGUCCGGUCUCCUCAUCCAAGCUGACGAAUCCACGAAAGUGUACCUGAGACGCUGGCUGAUGCUAACUUUGUUCUGCUCCUUCUCCGUAACAUCCGCCUACCAGUGGAUCCACCUGAACAUCAUCGCCAACAUCGUCGUCCGCUACUACAACAGCAGCCUCCCCGGCGACUCCCUACAACAGGAAACUGCCGUAGACUGGCUCUCUCUCGUCUACAUGUUGGUCUACGUCCCCACAAUCAUCCCCGCCAUGAUGCUCCUCAACAGCAAAGGGUUGCGCGUCAACAACAUCGUUGGGAGCUUCCUGAACACAAUGGGGGCGUGGUUGAAGGUGGGAGCGCUGGGGCCGGAGCGGUUCCCGGUGUUGAUGACGGGUCAGGUUCUGUGUGGUCUGGCUGAAGUGUUUGUGGUCAGUAUUCCACCCCGGUUGGCGGCUGUCUGGUUCGGACCUGACCAAGUAUCUACUGCAACUUCUCUGGGCGUCUUUGGAAAUCAGAUAGGCGUGGCAGUGGGCUUUCUCAUCCCUCCCAUACUUGUGGACAACUCCCCCAACAUCACAGACAUCGGCGCUGGGCUCACCGUCAUGAACUACGGCACAGCGACAGUCACCACCGUCAUCUUUCUCCUCAUGCUUGUAGGUUACCAAGCAGAACCCCAAAUCCCACCCAGCAGGGCCAGGCUAUUGGCUCGUCAGUCCAGCCGGAACCAGAACUACAGGCAGUCUCUCCACACGCUCAUCACCAACGUCAACUUUAUGCUGCUCGCUGUAUCCUAUGGCAUUCUGACGGGUGCCUUCUACGCCAUCUCCACCCUCCUGAACGGCAUCAUGCUCCAUUACUUCCCGGGUGAGGAAGAAAACACAGGGCGCAUUGGUCUCACGAUCGUCCUGGCUGGUAUAGCAGGAGCCAUCAUGGCGGGGCUGUGGCUGGACAAGACGAAGGCGUUCAAGUGGACGUCGGUGGGGAUCUAUGCUCUGUCGCUGGUGGGAAUGGUAGCGUUCGCUGCCAUCAUCGAAUGCGACCUCAACCGUAUCUGGAUAAUCUACCUCGUCGCCGGAUUUCUUGGGUUCUUUAUGACUGGCUACCUGCCCGUGGGGUACGAGUUUGCUGCCGAGAUCACGUACCCCGAGUCUGAGGCUACAUCGUCCGGCAUUUUAACAGGUUCAGCAAUGUUUUGUGGAAUGAUGCUGACACUGGGUAUGAGAGCUGUGAGCUGUCAUGAACCGCGUCAGCAUUCUUGCAGAACCGCGCUCGGUCGCAUCCUUGCAGCAAACAUCACACUGUGCUCGGUCGUCUUUGUCGGCGUCAUCCUAACAGGUAUGUUAACACCUACAACAUCACACUGUGCUCGGUCGUCUUUGUUGGCGUCAUCCUAA